AUGGCUCGAAAACCACGAUACUCUAUGAGGGUUCAAUCGACACCAUCCGAUAUCCCUGCAUCUUCUCCAGUGCCUAAUGCAGCUGGUUUAACAGCCCAAAGUGCUCCUUUACUGAAUGAAAGCCCAUCUAAUUUUAUUGGUAAUCAAUCACCUUUAACUGAUGAAGAAAUUGAUAUGGUGGAACCAACAAAUGAACCACAUGAAAUACCUAAUGCAAGUUCCCAAUCUGCUGUUAAGAAAAAAUCCCCCAAAUAUUGGACCGUUGAUGUCAUAGAUGAUAACGGAGUAAAAAGGGAGCGUCACUUGCGUAUUCAGGAUUUGCUUGUGCUUCCUGACAAUCAUAAGGUCAUAUUAGAAUGGAAUGACAAUGGCCAACCAAUUCAAGAAUCUGGUGGCUUGUAUGGUGUAUAUUCAGGUUCAAUUGCUGCUGAUUGUCAUAACUUCCCAAUCAUCUAUCUGAAAUGGCCACAUGUUCCAAGCUUUCACAAAGAGCUUGUCUGGGAAAACCUUCUCAAAGCUAAGUUUGAUGUCAACGAUGGAGAUCAUAAAAAGUGGAUAAUGAUGGACCUCGGAAAGAAAUGGAAGGACAACAGAUCAAGGCUGUGGCACAUGUUUAAGAAUUCUGAUAUGUCCUUCGAGGAAAGUAUUGAGAGAUGCCCAAUGGGAAUUCCAAGAGAACAGUGGGCUUCUUUUUUGAAGUACAGAUUCGAGAAAAGAACAAUGGAAAUUGCUGAAAAGAAUACUGCCAACAGGGAAAAGCUAACAAUUCCACACACUUUAGGCUCAAAGUCUAUUGCAAGAAGAAAAAGAGAGCUGGAAAUUGAAAAAGGUAAGCCUAUCAGUAGAGCGGAAAUGUAUGGCUAUUCACAUCUGAAAAAAGAUGGUACAUUUGUGAAUGAAGAGGCUAUGGAGAAAAAUGAUUUGUUAUUAUCUGCACAAAAUGAUGGAACUUUAUCCGAAGAAGAUGCUUAUGUUCAGGUGUUUGGGAAGGAGCACCCUGGACGUGUACGGGGUAUGGGAUUUGGGGUCUGCCCUUCCCAAAUUUUUAAACGUCAUUGUAGUUCUGGGGCAUCUUCCUCAACAUCUAGAGACAAUGAAAUUAGAGAGUUGAAAUCUAAAGUUCAAUCUUUGGAGGAAGCAUUGGCUUUUGUGGUACGUAGCUUUGGGGGUCAAAUGCCCCCUGGUUUUGCAUCAAAUGGAUUGCAACAGCCUCAAAAUUUGGGCUCUCCCAAUGGAUUCAGGCCAUCCUCUUCUGCUAGUCAUGUACCAAAUGCCCAAGGACCUGAACUUCAAGGACACCCAUCUCCUCCAUAG